CAAUCUCUUGUUUUUGUUUAUCAGGUCUAAGUAUCCGCGGGGCUCAGGAAGAGGACCCACCCGAUCCACAGCUGAUGCGUCUUGACAACAUGCUUCUGGCGGAGGGUGUGUCAGGACCGGAGAAGGGCGGAGGAUCGGCGGCGGCGGCAGCGGCGGCAGCAGCGGCCGGCAGUCCCACUGACAACUCCAUCGAGCACUCUGACUACAGGGCCAAACUCUCCCAGAUCAGACAGAUCUACCACACCGAGCUGGAGAAAUAUGAACAGGCAUGUAAUGAGUUCACCACCCACGUCAUGAACCUGUUGAGGGAGCAGUCUCGCACACGACCCAUCUCGCCCAAAGAGAUCGAGCGCAUGGUCAGCAUCAUCCAUCGCAAAUUCAGCUCCAUCCAAAUGCAGCUUAAACAGAGCACCUGUGAGGCCGUCAUGAUCUUGAGGUCCCGCUUCCUUGAUGCCAGACGGAAACGGCGGAACUUCAGCAAGCAGGCGACCGAGAUCCUGAACGAGUAUUUUUACUCGCAUCUUAGUAACCCUUACCCCAGUGAAGAGGCCAAAGAGGAGCUGGCUAAGAAAUGCAGCAUAACAGUAUCCCAGGGGGUGGGAACCACCAUCACAGUGGCACAGGUAUCCAACUGGUUCGGCAACAAGAGGAUCCGCUACAAAAAAAACAUUGGCAAGUUCCAGGAGGAGGCCAACCUGUACGCCGCUAAGACAGCUGUGACUGCCGCGCACGCAGCAGCUGCCGCCGUCCAGAAUAGUCAGACCAACUCACCCACCACACCUAACUCUGGAUUCCAGAUGAAAGAUGAAGAAUUUCAGCUGGACUCUGCAGAGAACAAAAACACUCUAUUAACCAACAUGUUCACUGGUUCGUCAGGUUCUUUUAACCUCCCAAACUCGGGGGACAUGUUCAUGAGCAUGCAGAAUCUGAAUGGGGAUUCUUACCAAGGGGCACAAGUCGGAGCCAAUGUGCAGUCACAGGUGGAUACCCUGCGCCAUGUUAUCAGUCAGACGGCAGGAUACAAUGAUGCCCUGGGGGGGAAUCCGAUGUAUAGUCCACAUGGCUUGAAUGGUAAUGGGGGAUGGCAGGAUGCUACGACUCCAUCCUCUGUGAUCUCCCCUACAGAAGGCCCUGGUAGUGUGCACUCUGAUACCUCGAACUGAUCUCCUCAUUGACACGGCCCCUUCUCAAGCUGUGGAUAACCAAUCACAGAACUACAAAACCACAGACUGACCAAUCAGAGACACAGAAUAAACUCUCACAGCUAAUCCAGAGACAUCCUAAUGGAAUCAUCCACAGUGCUUUUCCACAGUGUUUUGGAAGCUGGACAUUUCUUAGCCGUAACAUCAGUCCACUGCAGUUUUUACUAACAAUCUCUCCAAUCCUAUUAAACCAAUAUGUUUAUUUUAUCAUUUAAAGUGUACAAGCUCAAACUGUUUUUUUUAGUUUUUUUUUUAAUUACUGGUCAUAACCCCUCUCCAUUGUUCUAACCGACUGUCGGCAAAGCUUUAGUGCAGGAAUACAACUGAUACUUACAAAGGUAUAUUCAUAUGAUGCUAACCGAUGCAUUUAACAGGGCUAAAUGCUAUAGAAGGCAGCUUCGGGAAUUCAUUGCUGAUUUUUUAUUUUUUAUUUUGUAUUAAUGUCACACCUAGCAAUGACCUUAACAAGUCCACCUACGAAAGGCAAUCCACUCCAUUUUGGGGGGUGAUUUUUAAAUGCCUGGCAAUUUAUGUCUUUUUUUAAAAACGCAAAACGUUAUCAAUAUUCAGUUCACUACAAUUAUUGAAGAAAGUGUAGAAGACUUAAAAAGGAAAUAUGGGUCAUCUUGUUGGAUGCUUUUCUGGCAAUUUUUCAUUCAAAAACAAUCUUGUAUAUGACAUAGCUUGAGAGUAUUUAUACAUCUCACCAAUAAAUACUCAGCUUUAUUACCUCAUUGAAACUCAUAGAAAACCAAUAGAUUUAAAACAUUUCUUUAGCUUCUAGUGCUCUCACUGACUACCUCUCAACAAAAUCACCACCACCGCUUUUUGUCUAUUACUUUCUGUCAUUCUUUUUUUUUUUUUUGGUCUUUUUAAAAAUACUUUUUUACUUUUGUUAGUUUGGAUUGGUUCCAUCGUGUAAGAAAUUUGCUCUCUCUGUCUCUCGCUCUUUAUGUAAUCUAAUGUAUAUUUUAACCUUCUAAGAAAACUAAGUUGCUUUGUUGCAACUUUUAAAAGAAAAAAAGCAAAAAAAUAACCAUAAUAUUAAUAAUACAAAUAACACGGAGAGUAUGGAGAGUACAGUGGCUGUUGGAGGGGAAUUUUGUGCUGGAUCUUGGGGGACGGAACAGGGAGGGGGAAAUACGAUCAUAAAAUUAACACCAAACAGUAAAACUGUUGUAAAUACUGAAGAACAUUUUGAAUGUUGCUCAUCUUGUUACUAAUUCAUGCAAAAAAGAAAUAAAAAAUUAAUAAAUAAAAACCCAUGAUUAAAAAAAAGAAAACCUGUAAUGCAUAGAGGUUUCAGUAUUCAGAAUUGUACAUUUCAAACCCUGUCUGACAGGGUUCCAACUUUCUUUCUCUCUUUUUUUUUUUUGUAUCGUAUGUGAUUCUGAAACUGAUAAAAAAAAAAAGUCAUACAAAAUUUAUUUGUGACAGUGGUUCUAAUGUAUUAAAGAUGUUUCGUGUUUCUUUCUAACCAGACUACACCCUGGACUGAAAAGUCUUCCUUGUGGUAGUUAUGUGUAAUUUCAAACAUGAAUAAACGGUUUUCCUUUCAUGACA